AUGGCCGCCAGCUCUUCCCAGCCGCCAGCGCCAGCGCCAGCAUCAGCAUCAGCCAAGGAUAAGGGCCGCGAGCAGCAAUCAGGCAUCCCGAAGGAGGACAGGAACCCCGCACCGCCGUCGAGCACGCCACCGAGUCCCCGGAGCGCGCAAGAGGCACAGGACGCUACGCCCUGCUCGGCAGCCAAUGAGAGCGGCCCACCGCCCGAGACGGCCCAGGAACAGCAGCAGCCUGAGCCUGAGCAGCAGCACGCUGGCGAGGCCCACCCGCAGGCGCUGCCGGCUCCUCCACCGAGGGAAAGCGCUGCUGGUGAGGCGGGCGGGAGCAGCACCAGAAUAGAGGUCAACGGCGAUGGCGUCAAGCUGGACCACCUGGGGCCCUUGGUCGUCCACAAGGACGGCACCGUCUCGCGCAUCGCCAACUGGGCGGAGAUGACGGACAUUGAGCGGAAGAACACGCUGCGCAUCCUGGGCAAAAGGAACCAGCUGCGGCUGGACACGCUGAGGGGGACGGCUGAAGCAGGAGAGGAGUCAUGA